ACAAAAUCUGUUUACAAGAAUGGCGGACAACAUUUGAAACUGACUGGAAGGAAGCUCACAUAUUCCUAUCGUUGGACUGCAACAGGCUUUGGAAGGAAAGUCAGACGAUAUUACAAGAUGAAUUUGGAGGAAGAAGCUGAUUUCACUGAUGAUGAGAUCAGAUAUGAAUUAUCAAAACUAGGAUACCACAAUGUGCCAGAUAGCAGAUUGAAGGAAUUUAAGAAAGAUCUUAAAGUGCUAAUUAAACAUGAGUACAGCAAAGAGAGUUCACACAACAACAGCCUCUCAUCACAUCCUCCUCCAGACACAUCAGUUUCAACCAACGGUUUCCCACACAGUUAUAAUAGGAGUCCUUUAGAAGAAUCACGACAAAGAUCUACUACACAAGAUUCCUGGAGGAUACCGAAUCACCAAGGAGGUAAGGAGAACCGGUAUGAUAUUGGAACAGACCCCAUUCUGAGAAAACCUCUUGGUCCAGCCCCAAAACAGAUUGGUGGGAAUUUCUCCAUGUACGACUCAACACCAGACACCUCCCACCUCCAGUACAGAGAUGAUGUGUCUGAUACGGAUACUGAACGUAGGAUGGUCAAGCGUAAAGUGCUAAGGUAAGG